AUGGCACCGGACGAACCUCCGGCCGAGACUGGAGGUGAUGCUUCAACGGCGGCUCAGCCUCUGCAUCCAGUCACACACUGGGAGCAAUUGAACGAGCAAGAGGACGCAGAGAAUAAUGAUGCUGACUCUGUCAUCUCCAACCCUGCCGAGUCCACAGCAUCAAUGGCCUCGAGCAUUCUGUCGUAUCGAACCAUUCAAGGACGAACAUUUCACUCAGAAAGAGGAAAUGCUCAAUACUGGUAUUUCUGCGUAAAGAUGAAUCCACGGAUACAGGCGCUGAUUUAA